UGCUCUCCCUGUCACCCGAAGCAAUCUCGGGUCUCCCAUUUCCGGUAUAAAACUGCCAGCUCACCUCAAGAUUAUCAUCAGAACAGUCCCCGCCAUUAGAACCAUGGGGCACCCUCCCCUGGAGUUCAGCGACUGUUACUUGGACAGCCCCAAUUUCCGUGAGAGGCUCAAGUGUUAUGAACAGGAACUGGAGAGGACCAACAAAUUCAUCAAAGAUGUGAUCAAAGAUGGCAAUGCGCUUAUCAGUGCAAUGAGAAGUUAUUCAUCAGCUGUUCAGAAAUUUUCCCAAACAUUGCAGUCCUUUCAGUUUGAUUUCAUUGGAGAUACUCUGACUGAUGAUGAGAUUAACAUUGCUGAAUCCUUCAAGGAAUUUGCCGAAUUGCUUAAUGAAGUAGAAAAUGAAAGGAUGAUGAUGGUACACAAUGCUAGUGAUUUGCUGAUCAAACCCCUGGAAAAUUUCCGGAAGGAGCAAAUAGGCUUCACCAAGGAGCGCAAAAAGAAAUUUGAAAAGGAUGGUGAGAGAUUUUAUUCCAUGCUUGAUCGACAUUUACAUCUGUCUUCCAAAAAGAAAGAAUCCCAGUUGCAUGAGGCAGAUCUUCAGGUGGACAAGGAGAAGCACAAUUUCUUUGAGUCUUCUCUUGAUUAUGUUUAUCAAAUCCAGGAAGUUCAAGAGUCCAAGAAAUUCAAUAUUGUGGAGCCAGUCUUGGCUUUUCUUCAUAGCCUAUUCAUUUCCAAUAGCUUGACCGUGGAACUCACACAGGAUUUCCUCCCUUACAAACAGCAACUCCAGCUAAGUUUGCAGAAUACAAGAAAUCAUUUCUCCAGUACCCGAGUAGAGAUGGAAGAACUUAAGAAAAGGAUGAAAGAAGCUCCCCUGACCUGCAAGCUUCCAGGACAGCCAACCAUUGAAGGCUAUCUCUAUACACAAGAAAAAUGGGCUUUGGGAAUAUCCUGGGUUAAAUAUUACUGCCAGUUUGAGAAAGAUACCAAAACACUUACCAUGAUGCCUAUGGAGCAGAAGCCAGGUGCUAAACAGGGACCCCUGGAUUUAACUCUGAAGUACUGUGUGAGAAGGAAGACAGAGUCUAUUGACAAGAGGUUCUGUUUUGAUAUAGAAACUAAUGAGAGGCCAGGAACUAUAACUCUACAGGCCCUUUCAGAAGCUAACAGAAGGCUGUGGAUGGAGGCCAUGGAUGGGAAAGAACCUAUCUACCACAGCCCCAUAACUAAACAAGAAGAGAUGGAGCUGAACGAAGUGGGAUUCAAGUUUGUUAGGAAAUGCAUCAAUGUCAUUGAGACUAAAGGAAUAAAGACAGAGGGAUUGUACCGAACUGUGGGCAGCAAUAUUCAGGUUCAGAAGCUGCUGAAUGCCUUUUUUGAUCCUAAAUGUCCAGGAGAUAUUGAUUUUCACAACAGUGACUGGGACCUUAAGACAAUCACCAGCUCCUUAAAAUUCUACCUCAGGAAUCUUUCUGAACCUGUCAUGACUUAUCGACUUCACAAAGAGCUGGUCUCUGCAGCAAAGUCUGACAAUUUGGAUUACCGUCUGGGAGCUAUUCAUUCCCUGGUAUAUAAGCUACCAGAAAAGAAUCGAGAAAUGCUGGAACUUCUUAUAAGACACUUGGUCAAUGUGUGUGAGCACAGCAAAGAGAAUCUUAUGACUCCAUCCAACAUGGGAGUAAUAUUUGGGCCCACUCUAAUGAGAGCUCAGGAAGAUACUGUCGCUGCCAUGAUGAACAUCAAAUUCCAGAAUAUUGUGGUAGAAAUCCUAAUCGAGCACUUCAUUAAGAUUUAUUCUGGUCCACCUGAGGAAAAUCUUGCACCACCAGUGCCUCCACCUCGAGUAACAGCAAGAAGGCACAAACCCAUCACAAUUUCAAAGCGUUUUCUACGAGAAAGGACAGUUUUCUAUAUGUCUGCCAUGGAUGAAAAUGAAGAUCAAACUCAACAUCACACACCCAAUGGUACUAUCAGCAGUGGUAUAGAUCCCUUCAAGUUACCACAGUACCCCAAAAUCUCAACUCAGAGAAGUGGAGAACCUGAAGCUGGGAGAAAAUCCCCAAGUAGGCCUGUUCCAGAUGUCAAGUUGGAGCCCUGUCCUGAGGUGAAUGUGGGGAAGUUAGUGUUCAAGCUGCAGGAUGGAGGGACCAAGACCCUACCAAAAGCCACUAAUGGACCUGUGCCAGGAUCUGUGCCCACCAAGGUCCCUUCUUUACACAUAAAGAGACCAGCUCCUCGGCUUCUUGCUUACCACAAAGAUGGUGACUCUGACAGUUUCAGUAAAGUGCAGCCAGGAGAAAAGCCUACCAUCAUACGUCCCCCAGUGAGACCUCCAGAUCCUCCCUGCCGAGCCACAACCACCCACAAACCAGAGUCAAAGCCAGAUAUUAUAACUGGAAAUGCAGGAGACAUACCAUCAUCUGUGGUGGCUUCUAGGACCAAAUUCUUUGAAACAGCUUCCCGGAAAACAGGAAGUUCUCAAGGAAGAUUGCCUGGAGAUGAGAGUUGAAAGCACAGGAUUUUAAAGACCUGGCCUCAAGUAACAGGCUCUGAAAGUAUCUUCUACAAAUAUUUUGUGUUGAGUUAUUGUGCAAAAGAGCACACAUCUUUACUUUUCCUGUACCUUUAGGUUCUGGGAUGCUAAAAUAUAAGGAACACAAGUCUUACACAGAAGUUUUACUCUCUGUAUUCUGUAUUCAUUGCCUCAGAACAUUUAUAUUGAGUUCCUUUAAGACUGUGAAUGUUUGAACUUCCUCAAACUAGCCAGACUAAACAAAAUUAUUCAGUGAUUUGAGUAGAAAAGGAGAAUUCAGUUUUCAACUCUUCUAUGCAUCCUCAAAAUUACACCAAAUUCUAAAAUGUUUUGGGGUAGCGAUCCUUCUCAGGUAUCUUGCCCUGAAGUCAAACCUUCUUAAAUUGGAUCUAUUGAUUAACUUUGAAGUAAGGAAAGAUAAAUGUUUGCUGAAUAUUGGUGAAUAUUAACAUAUCUCUACUAAGAAUUUUAGUGCCAGGUUGGAAACUUGAUAAUGGAGUUUGUUGCCAAGAACCUGUAUUUUUGGACUAGACAAUAUGGGUGAUGCACUCCUCAAAUCCUCCAAGUAGUCCCAAGUAUAGAAUAUAAUAUGUGCAUUUGUGGGAUUAGAAGCUUCCUAUAUUAAUUAGGACAAAUAUUCAAAGCAUGUUUUGCAUGUCAAUUUGGUCUAUAUGAAUAUUUUCUUCCUUUUUCCUUGAUAGCUUCCUGUACAAGCAAUCAAGAAAGCUACAGAAGCUAAAACAGGCUUUUAAAAAGACAGACUAUAUUUAUUGUGCAAGAGUUUCAUUUUUUGCUUCUUGUAUGCCUUCUGCAAAAAAAGCCCUUUAUCUCAUAAAGAAAUCAGUUCUUAACUUGGUGUCUAUGAUUCAGGAGCUUCAUGAAUUGUCUGAAAUUAUGUGCCGAAUUUCACAACUGUAUGCCUUGUGUGGGGAGAUGGGCCAUAAUAUUAUACUGAAUUUCAUGUGGGUCUGUGACAAAUAAAUACUAAAAACCAUAAUCCCGUGGAUAAA